CCAAGCCAGCCUUAUCGCAGAAUCCAGGAAUGUGCACGCUGGCCGGACCUUGAGUCCCCUCCUCCAUCAGACACUCCUCCAGUGGUGGGCCCCUCUCACCUUCCAGGGGCUGGAGGAGCAGCCCGCCCAGGAAAUGGACUUCGGGCCCCUCCCCCUGGGCUGACCGACUCGUGGCCCCAUGGCCUAGGAGGAGGAAAAAGGAGGGGCGUCGUACACCUGGUCCGCCAAGUGAACGACCCCAGCGGUGUUUUCUGUUCGGCCUGUCCACGCUCCUCAUUUCCUGGCCCCCCAGGGCGCUCAGGGCCGGCCUGGGAUCCCUACCGGAGGGCCAGAGCUAUCUGAUGAGAGGCGAUCUGGUGACCAAGAGGGACCCUUGAGCUCCACCUCCCAGCCUCCAAGCUGGAUUUGGCUCCUGCUGAAAACAUGGCGGGGACUGACUUGGAAGAGUUAGCAGAGAUCGAAUUACAGAAAGACGAAGAGGAAGCCAUCACAUUGGGAGUGCCAAGGAUGUCACUUGUGCCUGCUCCAGCCUGUGAAGAUGCAGCCCUGGGCAUGGACCAUCCAUACUAUGAUGUGGCCAGGCAUGGAAUCAUCCAAUUAGCAGGGGAUGACAACUCAGGAAGACGAGUCAUUACUUUCAGCUGCUGCCGAAUGCCCCCCUCUCACGAGCUCAACCACAGCCGCCUCCUGGGGUACCUGAAAUACACCCUUGACCAGUAUGUGGAGAAUGACUAUACCAUCAUCUACUUCCACUAUGGGCUGACAAGCCGAAACAAACCAUCUUUGAGCUGGCUUCAAAGUGCCUACAAAGAAUUUGGCCGGAAGUACAAGAAAAACCUGAAGGCACUCUAUGUAGUACAUCCCACCAACUUCAUUAAAAUUCUGUGGACCAUUUUCAAGCCCCUCAUCAGCCAUAAGUUUGGGAAAAAGGUGACCUAUUUCAACUACCUAAGUGAGUUAAGAGAGCAUCUCAAGUAUGACCAACUGAUGAUUCCUCCUGAGGUUAUUCGACAUGAUGAGAAGUUGAAGAACAUGAGACUGGGCCGCCCGACACCCUUGGUGAAGAUGCCGCCACCCCGCCCUCCACUGCCCACCCAACAAUUUGGUGUCAGCCUAAAAUACAUCAGAGACAAAAAUAAAGGUGAGCUCAUCCCGCCAGUCAUGAAGGAGACUGUGACCUACCUGAAAGCCAAAGGCCUCCACUCUGAGGGCCUCUUCCGAAGGUCAGCCAGCGUCCAGACCAUUAAGGAGAUCCAGAGACUGUAUAACCAAGGAAAGCCUGUGAAUUUUGAUGACUACAAUGAUAUCCACAUCCCAGCGGUUAUCCUAAAGACAUUCCUUCGAGAGCUUCCUCAGCCACUGCUGACCUUUGAAGCCUAUGAACAGAUCCUGGCAAUCACCAGUGUAGAGAGCAGCCUGCGGGUGACUCGCUGCAAGGAGAUUAUUGGGAGCCUUCCGGAACACAAUUAUGCCAUUCUUAAGUACCUCAUGGACUUUCUACACAUGGUUUCCCAAGAGUGCAUCUUUAACAAAAUGACAAGCUCCAACCUGGCCUGUGUCUUUGGGCUGAACUUAAUCUGGCCAUCCAGCGGAGCCUCUUCCCUCAACGCCCUGGUGCCUCUUAACCUGUUCACAGAACUGAUGAUUGAUUUCUAUGACAACAUCUUCAGCUCUCGGGAGGUCUCACCCUAGACUUACAACGCCAGGAAAUGCUUGGACUCCGUGAUCUCUAAGCUCCCUUCUGACUCCGUUAUUCUGUGGUCUGAACUUGGAAGUUCCUCUUAUCUGUGACAUUUCUUCGUUCUAGGUCCUGUGUUCUCUCUUCUAAAGACCCUGCAAGCUUUGACAUUCUGUGCUGAAGGACCUCACUCAGUUUUAAUGUUCUGUGUUCUUACAUUCCUCCAAUGUUCUUCUUGACAUAGGUGGAUUAUCCCAUGCAAAGCUAUGGUAUGGCCCCCUAUUCACAGCCCACUUAACACUACAAUAUCAGCCAUGUUGGAAACGCCUAUCUAAAAGUUGGGACAUAUUUCCAAUCUUGAAAUGUCUUACUGUGCUCAUUUCCCCCUGGAAAUGAUUGGUGAACUGUUUGAAUGGGUGAACUGUAUGAAUCAUGUUGGCUUUCUGAAGCCUCUUAGAAAAAAACAAAACAACCACCAAAGAGAUUAAAUGUUUUCAGGACUAGUACUUGUUCUUUUGCUAAAUUUUCCUAUUUCAUUACCAGAAAAUUCUCUUUGGCUGCCUAGGAAAUUGCCUUGCAUUCAGGUUCUGCAAUAAAUUUAGUGAUGGGUUGACAUGGAAAGACCACUAGAGGUUCAAGUCCUGGAUCUGUAAAACCUGCAAGAGUGUUGUCCUUGGUCAGUUGACUUCACCCCUCACCCUCAGCCUCCUCCUUUUGAAAGUGGGUUUAGUAAUGUCCACCUUCCCCAUCUUCCCAUGAAAGAGCAGAUGUUGAAUGAGAUACCCAUCCAUUGGAAAAUGAUGGAACAAAUUGUGGUAUAUGAUUGUCAUGGUAUAAUGUAAAGGGUGAAAUUAAGGUUGAGACUGAAAAAAAUCUAAAUUUAAGUGGUCUCCAAGGGAAAUCCCAAAUAAUAAAAUACCCAAGUCAGCUGCCAAAUUUUAUGGUGAUUUAAUUGAUAGUGGAGAAGAUUAAGAAGGAGUAGGUUUUUUCCGUUCCCUCUUCCCCCACCUGAUUAGUAUCAGGCAGGAGAUAAGGUAGUAAGGGUUUGGAAUAUGAAGGAGGAAGGAAUCAGCUUGACCUCCAAAGGGGCUCAGCUAAGAUGCCCGAACCUGAAAUCAGCUCCAGGGCAAAACUCACAACCCAACACUCCAAGAUUUUGGAACAUUUGCAUGCUGCCAGGCAGAGUCCUCUCUCCAGGGAAAGAGGAGGGGCCAGGAAAUGCUGUGCCUUAUAUGGAUGUUUUUACAUCAUUUUUCUGUGUCUCAUCUGUACCCAGAGGUCUGUCCUUUAUUUUGCACAUGUCUGUUGAAGGCCAUCUCCUCAGAUAAUUAAAUAUUGAGUUUGAUGCAGACCUUCAAAAUCUUGUUAAUCUGAGUAGGGUGAAGAAUGUAGAGUUUCCAAGACCUGAUUCUGUUAUUCCAAGUAUCUCCAUUGUUACUGAUCAGGAAAUAGCUAAAUCACAUCUUCUAAAGAAUGGUCUGAUUAGGGUGGGUGGAAUAGUAUUGAAAUUCACAAUAAGAAAUGAUGAGCAGGUUGGUUUCAGAAAAACCUGAGAAGACUUAUAUGAACUGAGGAAAAGUAAAAUGAGAACCAGGGGAACAUACAAAGUAACAGCAUUAUUGUUAGGAUGACCAAAUGUGAAAGAAUUCCUUCUACUUCAAAUUCCCCUCCCCCUUCCCUUCCUACUCCUUCCUCCAAAUCCUCUUCCUCUUUUUCCUCCUCCCUCUCCUUGAGAGAAAGGCAGGAGAGAGGAAGAGAAUUUGGAGCUCAAAAUUUAAAAAAAUAAAUGGUAAAAAAACAGAACUGAAGUAUUGAAAUUAACAUAGAGGACCCUAAGACUUGAAGGAUAAAUAUCAAAUAUUAUAAAGCAAAGAAGCUGACCCAGUAUCGAGGGAAACACAGAAGCUUUAGAAUGUUCUUUUAAAAAGCAUAGAACAAUCAUAUACAUUUCCAGAGUCGUUCAAAAGAGAUGAACUCCAUAAGCAAAGAAGUUAGGAAUGCAUUCAGGUUAUAGCUGUUUGAGCUGUCAAUAUAGGAAUAAAAUCUAAUUAGCAAUUGGGGGGGGGGGGAUGAAUCCACAAUGAAGAGUUCUGAAAAAAAAAGAUUUGAAAAACUGAAUUGGAAGAAAAUUUGGCUUAAAUGAAGCAAUUCCAAAAAUGGUUCUUUCUACAAGCUAUAACCUUGCUCUGUCAUUAUCCUCAUAAAUGGGAAGUAACCUUGACCUUGGAAACAGGCUAUGCAGGGUCCACUUAAGUAUCACAAGUCUCCCAGUAGAAUAUAAAAUCAAAAACCUGAGCAGGACAACUUGGGAAAUAGUACAAGAAAACUUCCAAGGUCUCAAUACAGAAAGCAAAGCAUCAAUUGAAAGAAUUCAUAAAUUGCCUGUGGGGGGUGGGGGGUAAGAUGCUUCAAACUCCAAGACAGCUUUUAAUUGAAUAAUUCUAGUGAUGGGAAAAUUCAAAAAAGACCAAGUUUAAAGAAAAAAUUGGUUUACUUGUCUCACAUUAGAGUGUAAGCUCUUUGAAGGCAAAGACUUCUUUUGCCUCUUUUGCAUCUCUAGAUUUUAGCACAGUUCCUGGCAUAUAGUAGGUUCUUGAUUGAUUGAUUAUACCACACCCACUAGAAACAUCAAAAGAGAAUGGCAAAGGAAAUUUAGCUGUGUCCCAAAUGGCAUUCCCCGCAAACCUGAACCUAAUUAAUGAAAAAAGAUGGUCAUUCAAUGGUAGAGAGCCGUUUAAGGCAUAGGGGGUUGGUGGAGGAGGAGGCAGCAGUGACAGUACUGUGAAGAGUGAAUCAAGUCAUUUAUCAAAGUCAUUUAAAAGUCAUUUGACUUUUAAGUUAAUCAAAAACUUAAGUACCUCUACUUAGUACCUUACCAGUCACUAGGUAUGAGAGUUCACAAGUCAUUUGCUAGAGUGCAGGACAACUCCAGAGGCCACUGCCCUGCCCCUUGGGCAGUACUAGCAAAUUGAAAGACUAAUUGGUUCCCCUAAAGUGAGGGAGCAACAGGAAGUGACAUGAAGAAAACUGCUUAGAGGUACAACAUUGCUUCCUUUUGAUGCCUGACUCCCCUUUAAAUUUUCUGGGGAGGGACCUUCUAUGCAAACUUGGAGCCCCAAUAACUUGCUCCCCAGAUGGUUUCUUAUCAUUGGAAGUACCUGAGGAAUCUUUAAAUUUACUCCCUGUACUUCUCUUAGAGAGCCAGGAAGGGAAAGAGGAAAGAGCAUCCCACCUUUGCAAUACCUGCAUAUACUGGAGUCUAUGGGCCACAUCUUCCGACUUAAGUUGGCUGUUCCUGUACAGAUAAAAACUAAAUCUAGCCCACCUCCUUCCGUUCCUCAGUACCCUCUCUCAAAGGAGGCAAUAGAGUGUAUCACCCCAGUAGUAAACUCAUUAAUCGAUCAGGGCAUCAUAAUUUCCUGUAAGUCCAAAUACAAUAUGGCCAUACUGCCUGUUAAAACACCAAAAAGUGGGCCCGAUGGCAAGCACCUCUAUAGAUUCGCACAGGAUCUAAGGGCAGUGAAUAAUCACGUUAUAAAGAGACACUUCAUAGUUUCCAACAUAAAUAUGAUCAUUUCUUCUAUUCCUAGCACAGCUACAUACUUUACAGUAGUGGACUUGUGCUCAGCCUUCUUUUCCCUACCCAUUCAUGAGGAUUCCAGGCAUAUAUUUGCUUUCACCUGGAAGGGCUCUCAUACAUUUGCUCAGUCAUUUGCCCCAGGGUUACAUGGAAAGCCCAAGUUUAUUCGCACAAAUUUUGAGCCAAGACAGAUAAUAUAACAUUUAAAAGCAGCAAAUUAAUCAAAUACGUAGAUGACCUACUCUUAGCUUCAACAGAUGCAGAAGCAUGUCAGGAAGAUAGUAAACACCUUCUUUUGGAACUGCACAAAAGAGGACAUAAGAUCUCAAAGAAUAAAGUUCAGUGGUGUCUCCCCAAAGUAGAAUAUUUGGGGUUCAUUCUGACUGCGGGUGCCCACUCUAUUUCUCCCAAAUGAAUUGAAAAUAUUAAAAAAUUAAGCACUCCUACCACUAAGAAACAGUUAAGAGCAAUUUUAGGAGCAACAGGGUUUUAUAUGCAGUUUUAUAGCCUUUUGGUUAUAGUUCCAAAUUGCCCUUCAGAAUGGCUGGAUCACUUGACAACUCUACCAACAAUGCAUUAGUUUCCAAAUUUUGCCACAUCCCCUUCAACAUUUAUCACUUUACUGUCAUAUUUUCCAAUUUGUUAGGUAUAAGGUGGCACCUUAGAGUUGUUCUAAUUCACAUUUCUCUAAGUAAUUUAGAACAUUUCUUCAUGUGAUGAUCGAUACUGAUUUCUUCUCUGAAAAUUGCUUCUUCAUAUCCUUUAACCAUUUGUCAAUUGGGGAAUGGCUUAUAUUCUUAUAAAUUUGACUAAGUUCUCUAUAAAUUUGAGAAAUUAGACCUUUAUCAGGAAAAAUUGCUAUAAAAUUUCUCUCCCAGUUUGAUGUUUUGCUUCUAAUAUUGGUUAUAUUGGUUUUUUUUGUACAAAGCUUUUUUAAUUUAAUAUAAUAAAAAGAUUCAUUUUAUAUCUUGUAA